AUGAAUCGACACAAUUUUUUUCGAAUUGUCAUAAUUGGAUAUUUUCUGUUUGACAAAUGUCAUGAAUGUCAUGAUUACGAUAAUUAUCACGAUUAUCAUCCAGUACCAGAAGGUUACUACUGGCGAGAUUAUACGAGCGAAAUACCUGAAGACGCAUACCCGGGUGGAUAUGAUGUAAACAAUAAACCCACCUAUAUUGGUCAAGCAUUUUUAACCGGCAUUGGUAUUAUACCGACGACUGUUUACCGUGGUCAAACCGGUAUGAACUUACCCUGUAAUUGGAAAGCGAAUUACUCUAAUCUCGGCAUGAAAAUACUUUGUACUUCAAACGCGAAUUUUCUUUCUUGGGAAAAUGCCACUGGUUCGGAUCUACAUUUGACUACAACUGGUAAACAAUUAGUCAUUGGGGGCUACGAAAUUGGUAAAAUGAUUAACGUUGGACGAGUGAUGUACCAAGGUGAACUAAUCGUGGGAAAAGUGCUUGUGUACAACAAAGGAGCGGCUAAUUUGCACUUUAUUGGUGGUGGCACAGAAGUUUCUGUUCCUUCAUAUCAAGUUUUAGUAGAGAAUUUUCCAAAUAAAUCUUGUUAGUCACUACAUUCG